CCUUGGUCUAGGCGGCACUUAGACUCCAGACGCGCUAUGGGCAAGAUCGGGGUUCGGGGGCCGACGGCGUUGGCAGCGGUAUUCAGCCUGGCCAUUCUCUUGCUCCAGUUCGAUUUCAACAGCUGUAAGAACUUAUCUGGAAUUGUGAACAAGAGUAUCAUUUUGUCUCCAUUGAACACUCAACCCAUUACAGAGAUUAUAUGGAAGAAAGAAAGGAAUAAAGUCAUAGAAUGGGAGUCAGGAAGUGAUGUCAAAUCUUACCCACCUUUUAAAGGUAGGGUUUCUUUAAACACUCAAUCAGGUGACCUCCACAUCUUGAAUUUAACAUCAUUGGAUGAAGGUGAAUAUGAAGUUGAAAUGCAACACUCUACAAAUAUCAUGAAAUUUUAUGUUACAGUCUUUGAUGCCCUCCCACAUCCGAUAUUAGGGUGCAUGCUGACUAACGGAAGUAUUAAAGCCGAGUGCGAGGUUCCGAGCAACUACAACAGGCAUCGAGAUCUGUUAAACUACUCGUGGCAUUGCGACUUCCCACAGUGUGAAAGGAGUGCAGAACCUGUGUUGUAUUUUGACAAGAUUGGUGACCUCUCACAGAAUGUCCGUUGUUUUGUGGCAAAUCCUGAGUCUAACAAGUCAUCAUCGGUCGUUUUGUCAACCUGUGUUCCAACGGAUAAUUCAAGGAACAGAUACACACUUAUAUCCAUACCAAUACUAGUGAUAUGUUUGGGACUGUUAAUAAAAUAUAUGUGGAAAAGAGACAGGAGGACAGGAGGACCCAUCUCCAGUUGAUGGCUCCUAGAAGAUGAGAUCAGAUCCUUAGUCGCUGACUUUAAAAGCCAUGUGACUUACCAUUUUUUAUUUUUAUAUCGUCUUUUUUAAAACACGAAUUGAUUAUACAGGCGCGCUCUCUCUCUCCUUCUCUCUUUAAAAUUUAUUUUGUGCCCUGGCCAGUGCGGCACAGUUGGUUGGAAUGUCAUCCCAUAGACCAAGAGGUUGCGGGUUUGAUUCCUGGCCAGGGCAUAGCCCAGGUUGCAAGUUCAGUCCCCCUGAUUGGGCUGCAAAUGGGAGGCAACUAAUCUAUGUUUCUCACUCUUCCUGUUGCUCUCUAAAAGCAGUGAAAAAAUGUCCUCAGGUGAGGAUUUUUAAAAAUGUAUUUUAUUAUUUUUUUAGUAUUGAUUUUAGAGAGAGAUAGGAAGGGGAGAAAGAUACAUCAAUUUGUUAUUCCACUUAUUUAUUUAGUUGCUAUGAGAGAGACAGAGACAGAGACAGCGACUUUUUGUUCCACUCAUUGACGAGUUCAUUGGUAGCUCCUUUUAUGUGCCCGGACUAGGGAUCAAAACCGCAACCUUCGUGUGUGAGGAAGACACUAACCAACUGAGCCACCUGGUCAGGGCUGUGUCACCUUUAAGGGAGCAGGAAAUCUAAUGUGAAGCAGUCUUCCACCAUAAAGAAGUUGAAACUGCAUCAACAAACAAAGAAGCAUUAGUUUUCUAUGUUAUCCCCACUACAUUAUAAUUCAAUGCAGUAAGGGGUGGGUUUUGUACAUAAUGUAAAUAUGUACAUAAACAAUGAGGUGGUUUGCCUCUUUUUUUGUUAGAAAAUAGUAUUGUCCUGUCCCUCAAAGGCUUUUUGCUGAAAUCUAUACCUCACAUGUCUUUGUUUUAGAAGAAAAGUAACUCAUUGCGGGAUUGGCUGUGGAGUGAAGGAGGAGGGGGACAAAGCCCUUUUUUCACCGGUCGGUCUGUGGCUGUUGGCAGGAGGUGAGGCCUCAGGCAUCUUCUGUUUCUCCCGCAAAGACCUCACCCCCACCCUCCAAACGCAGGCGUAGGACCUGGGUAGGACCGGAAGAUUCCUGCCAUUACCAUCUCUUAGCCACUUAGUGGAUGGUGUUCGUUGUCCCCUGUCAGGUGGACAGCAGAGGACUCUUAAGGAUCAUACGGUCACAUACGAAUGCAGAAGGCAAUGGGCAGCCCUGGCUGUCCCCACCCCCACCCAGCCCCGUCCGGCUGUCCUGUAAACCCAGGACCCCAGAGUCCACAGGCAAAGGCCUUGUUAGCUCCUGAGCCGGCACUACUCCUGGAAUCCUUGUCACGGGAGAGUGUCCGGCCUGAAGGAGGAAUUAGUGCUUUUCCCGACCAAG